CCUGCAGUCCGUCUCUGACAGCGUUCCCACGCCUAAUGUCGUCGGGUUGCAAACCAGCGGCGAAUGUUUUCCCCCGCGGUUGCUGGCGGCUUCAUGUCGAGAAGAGCGAAGGUGAAAUGAGUGCCUCCUGGAAGGAUGGCGACAGCGCCUGUUGAAAGAAUGGACGGACAGUGUGAAAGUGGAGGGCAGCAGCUGCAGGAAUCCUCAAGGGAAGAGUGGGGAUACAGUGAGAAAUCAAUGGAGAACCUGGAAGGGGAACACGUGUCUGAGGAAUCAUUGAAUCAUGAAUCUAUCAAUGAAAAAGUGGGAUGUGACAAGAAGUCAAUGAUAGAUGCACAAGGCUUGAAAUAUUCCAAGGAUCCAAAAGAAAUUCAAGUUGAACAGGAGAAUAAAGGCUUCAUCUGUGAAAACCAUGAACAGAAGGCAAAGGAAAAGAUGCAAGAAUCUCAGAGCACAACGCAUCAUGAAUCUGAUGAGGAAAAUCACUCUGAUAAUGAAGAUAUAAAUGGAAAAGAGAUAUCUAACGAGAAGCCACCGGGUGAUGCACAAGAAUUGAACUGUUGUAACACUGCAAAAGAAGUUGAAGAGGAGAAUAAAGGCUUCAUCUGUGAAAACCAUGAACAGAAGGCAAAGGAAAAGAUGCAAGAACCUCAGACCACAACGCAUCAUGAAUCUGAUGAGGAAAAUCACUCUGAUAAUGAAUAUCCAAAUGAAAAAUUGGGACGUGGCGAGAUUUCAAUGAGAAAUGUGCGGAAGUCACAGAUAAAUGAAGAUGUCAACAGACAUCAGUCUGAUCAAGGGAAACAGUCCAAUCUUGGUUUUCUCUGGAUAGGAAUCCUGUUGAUACCUCUGUUCGCCUACCUCUGGUUGAAUUUUCAGAUCAAUCAAGAGUCUGAAGUUAAAGUACUCAACAUAUUCUUGCAGAAUUUUGAAAAGGUGCAGAGAGGUUUUCCAAAUCAGGAAGAACAGCUAUGGAAAAGAAGCAAGAUACUGUUGCAGAAACAAGUGAACAAGACUGUGCACUCUGAACCAGUUAUCCUAAUGUUUGCAGCUGCUUGGGAUGCAGAGGAAACCAUGCGUUGCCUCACAAGCAGGAUUGCUGGAGCUUAUGCCAUGGCCUUCGGUUCCAGGAUAUUUGAAAUUGAUGGAAAUGGUAAAAGAUUUCUAAAUAGCGAUGAAGUCAAGCUUGAUCUAGAUAAUCAAUUGUCAUCAGGAUUCAGAGAAGGCAGAAAGUCAGCCAUUGUUCAUCAAUUUCAGGAGCUUCCACCUGCUUCUACACUUAUGUUUUAUAAGUACUGUGAUCAUGAAAAUGCAGCUUUUAAGGAUGUUUCUUUAUUAAUCACGGUUUUAGUCGAUGAGCCCAAACUAGAUCCAGACUUGGGCCUUGAUGCUCUGGAGGAGAUGGUUUACAAUUUUCUUGUAAUGAAGUUCAAUGUCUCUAGUAACAGUGCACAGUACAACAUCCUAGACUCAGACAAAUUCAGUGGGUUGUGGAGUCGUAUAGCACAUGCCAUUUUGCCUGUUCGGCCUGAAAGGGAAAUUGAAGAAAAAGGCUGCAGACAAGCAAAAAUGGACUGAGAAAAUGUUAAAUAAAUUGACUGAAUUUGACCAAUGAGAGAAAGUAAUAUGCUCAGGCACUAAUGAGUAGGAUAUUCAGUUUGUAAAUAACAUAUCUAAUGAAUUCCAAUCUAAUUAAUUUUGUCUCACCUAAAACCAGUGUCUUUUUGAUGGAUGACUGGUUUACUAUGUCAAUUUUUACUCCAGGCUUCAGACAUCAGGCAUUAAAGUUUCUUUAUUUUACAUAUAUAAAUCAAUGAACCUCUAAAGAAUAUUUUUACAGCUUGUAUAUUUUCUGGAUUUUUCUGUACUAACUUACAUACUAUUAUGAAACACAGAUUUGCUAUUACAAUGUUGAAUCAGAAUAAAUAAAUAAAUUGACUUGUGAAGCUGAAUUAUUA